AUGGAUAAUAUGACUCUAAAAGAGAUUCAAAAUAAGCUAUUACUAUGGGAAGCCGCCGAAAAUCCUUUGGCUCCGCUAACUUCCAGCCAACGUGAAGCUAUCUUAGAUUUAGAAACUGUUGUGCUUGGAGUAUCUACAGAUGUUGAAGAUGAAAAUCAAAUACAAUCAGGCUCAGACGACAUACCUCCCAUUGAAACUACAUUCGAAUUUUUAGAUUGGUAUGAAAGAUUAAAUGAGCAAAAUAUUAAGAAACUUGAUGAGCCAUAUGAAGCAUAUUAUAAACAACUAGAAGACAGAAGAAAUGAAUGUGUUUCUUUAAAUGACCAGAUAACAGCAACAAUGUCAGAUUUAAACAAACUUACAGACGAAUAUAACCUCGUGUCUAAUAAAACAAAUGCAUUGCAUACCAUGAGUGAACAAUUGUUGGCUGAUCAGAAUAAGCUUUCUGCAAUAGGUGACGACAUAAAAAGUAAAUUGCACUAUUUCAAUCAAGUAGAACAUUUGGCUCAGAGAUUGAACAGCACAACUAUGUCGGUAAAUAGUGAGGCUUUCUUUAAUCUUCUUGCCAAAAUAGAUGAAUGCUUGGAGUAUGUGCGGGCAAAUAGUAUGUUCAAAGAGUCUCACACAUAUUUAGUCAAGUACCGCCACUUGCAAAACAGAGCCAUAUCUCUUAUACGAACAUAUGUAACUCAUAUAUUGAACCAUGCUACUGAGCAAGUGCUAACUCCAGAUGAACCAAACGACAGUGAAACUAUAGACACGGCAUAUGCUGUGUACUUUGGAAAGUUUCAAGCAGCGGCACCUAAGCUUAAGAUGGUUAUAACUGAGAUUGAAAAAAGAGCAGAGACUAAUGAGGACUACGCGUCCCUGCUGUCGGACACGCAGCGCGAGUACGCGGCGCGGCGCGCGCGCGUGGCGGGCGGCGCGGCGGCGCGCGCGCUCACCGCGGCGGCGCGGCGCCACGCGCGCGACCACUGCGCGCUGCUGCGCGCCGCGUGCUCGCUGCUGGCGCUCGCCGUGCGCGACGAGUGCGCGCUCUAUGCACACUUCUUUCAACACCACUCGCAGGCUUUGGAAGACUACCUGCAGUCCCUCUGCAACGGGCUGUACGAGACGCUGCGGCCUCACAUCAUACACAUCAACCACCUGGAGACGCUCGCGGAGCUGUGCGUCAUACUGCGCGUCGAGGUCAUAGAGGAACAGGUCAAUGAGGAUCCGGCGCUGAGCGCGCUGGGCGCGGCGGCGCGCGCGCUGCUGCAGGACGCGCAGGAGCGGCUCGUGUUCCGCGCGCACGUGCACCUGCGCGCCGACGUGCUGCACUACCGCGCCGCGCCCGGCGACCUCGCCUACCCCGACAAGCUGCUCAUGAUGGAGCAAAUCGCUCUGUCAAUACAAGAGCAAAGUUUGAAACGUAGCGAUUCACGAAACUCCAUGCUAUCAGAUAUAUCGGCCACAUCGCAAGAGGUCGCUAACAUCAAUAUUGAAGCCCAAAGGAGACCACAGGCCUCACCGGCCGACCUUCAUGGAAUGUGGUAUCCAGGAGUCAGAAGAACUUUAGCUGCUCUAUCAAGACUUUACAGGUGUUUAGAAAAACGGGUCUUCCAAGGUCUUGCCCAAGAAGCCAUAUCUCUAUGCGUGCAAAGUGUCGACUCAGCAGCUAAACAAAUAUCUGCAACCAAAACUAACAUCGAUGGAGAACUGUUCCAAAUCAAACAUCUUCUUAUAUUGAGAGAGCAAAUAGCACCUUUCCAAGUGGAUUUCAUUGUGAAAGAAACAACGUUAGACUUCAGUAAUGUUAAGAAUGCAGCGUAUGGUUUGAUACAAAAGCCGAGGCAAAUUUUUUCUUUGAAUAGUAGUAAUUCGUUGUUGGAAUUUUUGUUGGAAGGCACCCCGAUGGUUAGAGAGCAUUUGUUGGACUCGAGGAAGGAAGUGGACAGACAGCUGAAGAGUUGCUGCGAGGUGUUCAUUAAAUAUUCUACCGAGAUCCUGGUUGGGCCGUUGAUUGAGUUUAUUGAAAAGGCACAGGCCUUCACUCCAGCGGAACUGCUGAAAUCCCAGCUGUGGGCGAGUCCAGGAAAGCUGGCGGUCGCAGUGAAGGAGGCACAGAAACGUAUCAAAACUCACCUCGCGCCCUUGCAGCGUUCCAUGCAACUGUACCUCGCUAAUAAGGAGACAGAGUUCAUAUUGUUUAGACCAAUAAGGAACAAUGUGGUGGGAUACUUUGUCCAGUUAGAACAAAUCUUAACAAAUUCUGGCUAUACCUAUGAAGACACAUUGAUAGUCGCCUGUCCAACUCCAGAACAGGUGUCAGUAUUUAUCUCUUCAGCCAGUCUCAUUAGCCAUUCUGAACCUGUGUUGCCAUAUGGAAAAAAGAAACCAAUUAACGUCGUUAAAAGACCGAGUGUUACCAGUGUACCCGAAAAUGUUGAUGAUAAAAGUAGUAAUAAUCCAGAUAGCACAGGAUCU